UCCAAUGAAAUUACAAAUGCUGUGUCCUGUUUCCUAGUCCUGUAUGUGUGUAUUAUAUAAGAGAAAAACAUGUAACAAUUGAAGUAGAAAAAAGAUGGAUUUCAUAUACAAACUUCUGUUUGUUCUUCAAGUUGCAAUCCAGCAACUUUUAGUGUUUGGCCCUGACUUUCAUUAAUGCUCAUGGCAAAAGAAAGUGGGAAGCUGUAAGGGCUUAAAUUUGGAUGGGACAUUAGAUGGUAUAACUGGUAUGCGAGGUACGAAGACAGUGUCACGUUUACCGCAAAGCAGUGAGAAUAUUUGCCUCAAUGCAGUUCCUCAUAAGUUUGUGCACAAUUAGUAUUACCUCCCUUGAACCAGUUACUUUCACUUUAUGGGACAAACAAACACACAAACGGACAAAAUUUUUCUUUUAUAUAUAUAUAUAGAUAUAUCGUUGCUGUUAUGCAAAAAAUGUCGUAAGUCCAAAAUGUUGCUUUUUCAGAAAACGAAAAUGUAGUUUCAUCAUUCCAUUUCUUUUUACAUUAUCAACAGUUUCAGCUUAACAAUUGUACUUUGUUGGGUGCAUAAAAUCGUAACUCCAUGCAUGUAUGAUAUUUUUAGUCGGAAAUAUUUUUGAAAAACUGUCGUAUGUGGGGCUUACUACACUUUUGAAAAAUGCUAAACCGUUGUACUACACUUUGACAAUUUUCAUCUGAAGCAGCUGGAGAUAUGAUAGUUUGAUCAAAAGAACCGACUAUUGCAAGCAAAAUUAAAUAUUGAAAAAAAAACGCAUUCGGCCAAAUUUAGUUUUGACAUACAUACAUAUAUAUAACGAUAUAUGUGUGUGUAUGUUGUGUCUGUGUUUGCUCCCCCCCUUGACAACAGAUGCUAGUGUGUUUACGUCCCCGUAACUUAGCAGUUUGGCAAAAGAAACCGAUAUAAUAAGUACUUGGGUCGAUACAUUCGACUAAAAUUUUAAGGCGGUGUCUUAGCAUGGCCGCAGUCUGAUUACCGAAACAAGUAAAAAAAUGAACGAUAUACAAGGUUUUGUAAUCUGAGGUAGGGUCUGUGAAAACACAGGAUGGUCACAGAUAGAGUGCCUGUGAUCGUAGAUCUGCUCGACCAGGACGUACGUGAGCCAAUCAGCAACAAUAAUGAGUAGACAGGGAAAAGACUGGAGGAUAAAAAAGACUUGAGAGUACGACGUGUCCGGACUAUCAAACUGCAUCACGUACGAUAGCUGCUAUCUUGGUCUCGGCUGAUACCGCCAACUGGACGCUCGAAGGAAGCAAAUGGAUUCCUCUGACAUUCACGUAAAAGAUACUCCAGCCUCAAUGUCUUCAAUGGACAUGAUUACCAAAGACUCUAUUAUACAGCAAGCUCAGGAGCUUAUCGAUGAAGUUAAUGACAAGCGUAAACAUGACGAACUCUUCAGUGAAUAUAGAAAGCAAUUGGAAAAACAUGUUGAAAAGCGAUGCAUCACAGCACAACAGCAAAUGGUAGCCAUGUAUGAGGAACACGGUAGGCUUAUGGAAGAGAAGCUAAAGAAAUUGUUUAGCUGUUUAGACCGUGUUGGAAAAGCUGAGUCCGAGCUUAUGGCAUUCAAGCAAUCACUAGCUAUGUUAUACCAAGAAAUGCAACUAGACAUUGAUAAAAUCAAGACUUCCACCUAAAUUUAACAACAAACAUAUCAUUUCCUAUUUAUCAUUUAUUUAUUGUUCAUUUCAUUCACAUUUUUCAACAUUGUUUCUUGUUGCGUUUUUAUUCAUUUGUUAUAUUCUUUUGUUUUUGCCUAUUUUACAACAUUAAAAUGAAAUAUAUUUUUUUAAACAAAAAGAAAUUCAUCUUGUAUUUACAUUCUAAAGUAUUUUUCUGCUCCAUUGCAUAGAAAUAGAAAAUGUUUGUGUUUCAAAAUUAAAUUUUUUUAAGUUAAAGAAAAAAAAAAUGUUUGAUUUCAUUUUAAGAAUUUCAAUCUAAAGUUUAAUAACAAAAAAAAAAAAUGUUCACUAUCAUUUGUUGAGGAAUUGGUUAUCCAUAUUAAUGAAAAUACUAUGGUGCCAAGGUGACAAAAUCAUUAGUGUGCCAGGAGAAAUGCUCAAUGGUAUAUCUUCCAGCUC